AUGGUUGGCAAUGGUCCACUAACUAAACAUUCACAUACUGAACAAGUUAUGAUGAUGCACACACUCAAGACAAAAUUACAAAAAUAUCAGGGAUUUGUUGAUAAAGCUUUUCAACUAAUUGAGCAAGGACCAGAUGAGCAAGUUUUUGAGGGCUGUACUAUAGCUACAAAAGUUAUGACCAAAGCUUGGGUUUUCCCAAAAAUUUCACAAGAUUUGGCUCAUUCUUUAUGUGACUAUUUACGUGAGCAAAAUUAUUUGGAAGUGUUGUUAGGGCUAUUUACACGCCCAACAAUUUCUGAUUCUGUCAGGCUAUGUUGUGGACGAGUCUUGGAGGAAUGCCUAACUGGGAGUAAUUGUGAUGCAUUAAUUCUAAAGGGAUUUUUGAAAAAAGUAGUGACUACAGCUGAAAAGUUGAAUAAAAACCAAGAACAACAACGAAUGUCACUUUCAUUGAUGGAGGCGCUUUUCAAACAUUCAAUUGAAACUACCAGCAAAUUAAUUGAUAUGGGUGUGAUUGAUCAUAUAUUGUUAACGUGUAAGAGAGCAACUGAUACACCGGGAACAUUAAGGCAUGCGGCAUUAGCUUUAUCCAACCUCACUCUUUAUUCUUGCCCAGAGGCUAAAAAGAAAUUAAUCCAGAAAAAACUGCCCGAUUGGUUAUUCCUUCUAGCAUCUCAGCGUGAUGAUAUUACUCGGUACUAUGCUUGUUUGGCUAUAUGUGUGCUUGGUUCUGCCUCUACCAAUUCUAAGGAAAUGGAAUUGGCAGUUGCCAAGUCUGGCACACUCACUCUUGUUGAACCCUUUUUGAUCUCUCACCAGCCAGCCAUUUUUGCACAAGAAGAUUACAAAAAUUCGCAAGGUCGGCCUAGGGAAUGGUUAGCUAGACUAUUACCAUUACUUGGAUCUCGUUGUAGAGAGGCGAAAAGCAUGGCAUCUUUUCAUCUUUGUGUGGAAGCAAUUACAAAAAAAGAACAACAAAAAUUGGAGGUGCUUGCCGAAAUUGGUGCGAUUCAGGCACUUAAAGAAUGUGCCUCAAGUCCAGAUGAGUUACCUGCCAAAUUCGCAAGUGAAGCACUUACUGUUAUUGGAGAGCAAGUGCCUUAUAAACUCUCACAACAAGUUCCAUGCUGGUCAAUUAAGGAUGUUCAAUAUUGGGUGGAAAAGAUUGGUUUUGGCACUUUUAGCCAAGCAUUUGCAGCUCACAUGGUGGACGGGGAUUUGUUGUUACUUUUAACAGAAAAGGAGUUGGAGGAGGACUUGGGAAUGCGUUCUGGUCUUCUUAGAAAAAGGUUUAUGCGUGAACUGGAGAGCUUAAAAAUAGCAGCAGACUAUGGGUUGCUUUCUGUUUACACUUAUCAAAUGUUGGGAAUGGGCCUUAAUAGAAACUUACUUCCCCAGCUAACUAACGAUUAUCGUCGUUCAACAGGGAACCAACUAGCCAGUUUAAUAAAAGUUCUGCUCCAAUUAAGAGGCUACAAAGUUUUUAUUGAUGUUGAUAAACUCUAUGCGGGCAAAUUCGAUUCUCACCUUCUCAAAAAUAUUCAAGCAGCAAAACAUUUCAUUUUGGUCCUAACUCCUCACUCCUUAGACAGAUUGCUCAAUGAUACAAAUUGUGAAGAUUGGAUCCACAAAGAAUUACAUUGUGCAUUUGAACAUGGCAAAAAUGUUAUUCCGAUUUUUGAUCAACAAUUUGAAUUCCCAGCUGUAGAAAGUGAAUUGCCAGAUGAUAUAAGGCAGAUAACCAGGUUCAAUGGUGUCAGAUGGGUACAUGAUUAUCAAGAAGCUUGUAUAGAUAAGGUGGAAAGGUUUAUCAAAGGAGAACUGAACAGAGUGCCGUCACAAUCACUAGCCUGUUCCAAAACCCCUGUUAAUGGUGGAGGUACUGUUUCCAUUGUCAAUCGACGUCCAUACAAAUUAGCUGGGCCUUCUUCUACAACAACAACUGUCAAUCCCGGUAGUAGACGUUGCUCACCUACUCCACCAAACAACGUUGUUAAUAAUGUACCUCCCAAAAUGCCACUUAGAAUGGGAGGAGAAAAGAGUGAAUUGAACAACAAUGUUGGAGGAACUAAUUCAGUUCGUUCAGUUCCUACUGAAAGAAGAAGGCCGAAAUUAUUCUCUUCAAUCAGUACUGUCGAAAUUGAGCGUUGA